ACUACGAUACAGUCCACCCCACACAGGGCAAAAACACUACUUUGUGGUUUCUGAGCAUCAUAGAGCAAAUCAUUAUUUGCACAAUCUGUUUGAAACCUGUUACGAGGGAAAUGCUGAGCAUGAGAGCAUGAUUGUUAGGUUCUGAAGCACAAAGCAUGCUCUUCCUUAGGAUUUUGCAUGUAUAUAGAUGUUAGAUGAUGCUGUCUGAUGUUCAGUCUGUGACCCAGAUCAGUCUGUGACCCAUGUGUUCUGUUUUUAAUAGCAUUUAUGAAUUGGUACCUCAUUGCAUGUUUUAAAGUGACUGUUUAAAACGCAUCCGUCUGUGACAGUCUUCUUGCCUUGUUGCAGUGUCACAACUCAGUUGACACACUAUAUUUCAACAUGUGUUGAAUUGUCUCUGUGGUCAUACUGUAAAUCUAAGAUAUUACCCACUCAGUAAUAGGUAUUGUGUACUUUGCAUUCAUUAAGAUAUGUAUGAUUGGUCCAAGUACCUUCGAGGAACAGAAAAGUUGUCUACUGUGAACUGUCAAUCAAAGCAUAUUUCAGGUCCACACAGAGAGAGGAAGCCUAAGGUGGUGUAAUAAGCAGAGUGCAUAUAUUCCGUCAUCUCCCUCAAGCAGAUUUAGAAAUAUUGUGACUAAAGUCAAUAAGGGUCUCUGUAAAAAGUAAUUUACUUCCUAUUUCUCCAGCCCCCAUAUUCCAAAAUGUACUUUCAUAAAGCAGAUGUUUGUGAUGGAAAAAAUAGGAAUGAUGAUCAUUCAGAACCUCAUAAAAUGAAAACAAAAUGUAAGCAAAAAGUGGGGCACUGGUGCAAUGCCGUAAAAAAGUGAUAUAUUUGCGUGGUUAUGAACGUCCUAUUUCUAUAGACACAGCAGGGCCGUAACUAGAGUUCGAGUUUUAGCGAGGUUCUUCUUGAAAUUUGAAGCUCAUUGACUGCAUUUCUGUACAAUUUUUAAAAAACUUUUAAAAAGGCUAUUUGGAGAACAGAAGAAAAAAAAACGAACAAAAAUUAACCCAGCCAUUAUCACCUGCUGUAGGUUAAUUUACCUAUGUCGAUUUACAAAAAACACCAAUCCAACAUUUACUGAGAGCUAACUCUGCAAAUAGCACUACUGGGUGAUUUAAUGAGUCAUAGUCAAUCGAUCAAUAACAUAAUAAUAUUCUUAGCAAAAGGUGAUCAUUUUGAAUGUACAAUCUGUAGAAACUAUGAGAAUAGAAAGGUUCAUAACCUUUUGUGAAACAUCACAGCACAGAGUAAAAAUAUAUGGCAGCUAGAAAUCAACUGGAUGGUCUUCAAAGACAGAUGGGAGGGUUAGAGGGAUGCUGAAUGCUGAGACGAAAAAAAAAAAAACGAUAAUUCAUGUAAAUUAUACUGUCUGAAAUGUAUGUAGUAUGUAUUAGCUGGAAGUGGAAGCAAUAGGUAUUGUUGUCCAUUAGUUUACUCCAAGUAGGGAAGGGGUGGUAGGUUUAGGGGGGAAACAUUAAUAAAGGAAAAUAUAAAACAUAUAUUUAAAAUAAUAUAUACAGUUGAAGUCGGAAGUUCACAUACAAUUAGGGUGGAGUCAUUAAAACUCGUUUUUCAACCACUCCACAAAUCUCUUGUUAACAAACUAUAGUUUUGGCAAGUCGGUUAGGUCAUCUACUUUGUGCAUGACACAAGUCAUUUUUCCAACUAUUUUUACAGACAGAUUAUUUCAUUUACAAUUCACUGUAUCACAAUUCCAGUGGGUCAGAAGUUUACAUACACUAAGUAGACUGUGCCUUUAAACAGCUUGGAAAAUUCCAGAAAAUUAUGUCAUGGCUUGAGAAGCUUCUGAUAGGCUAAUUGACAUCAUUUGAGUCAAUUGGAGGUGUAUCUGUGGAUGUAUUUUUCUGGAGCUCUGUCUGAGUGACCAUUGGGUUCUUCUUUCCAGAUUGUUCAGUUUGGCCGGCCGGCCGGCCAGCCAGCUCUAGGGAGAGUCUUGGUGGCCUCCAUGUAAGAAUAAUGGAGGCCACUGUGUUCUUGGGGACCUUCAAUACUGCAGAAAUGUUUUGGUACAAUUCCUCACAUCUGUGCCUCGACACAAUCCUGUCUCUGAGCUCUACGGACAAUUAUUUCAAUCUCAUAGCUUGGUUUUUGCCCUGACAUGCAUUGUCAACUGUGGGACCUUAUAUAGACAGGUGUGUGCCUUUCCAAAUCAUAUCCAAUCAAUGGAAUUUACCACAGGUGGACUCAAAUCAAGUUGUAGAAACAUCUCAAGAUCUCAAGGAUGAUCAUUGGAAACAGGAUGCACCUGAGCUCAAUUUAGAGUCUCAUAGCAAAGGGUCUGAAUACUUAUAUAAAUAAGGUAUCUGUUUUUAAUUUUUAUACAUUUGCUAAAACUGUUUUUGUUUUGUUGUUAUGGGGUAUUGUGUGUAGAUUGAGGAGGGAAUUAAAAAAAAUAUAUACAUUCCAGCCUUAUUCUAAAAAUGUAACAAAAUGUGGAAAAAGUGAAGGGGUCUGAAUACUUUCCGAAUGCACUGUAUAAAGGGGAUUUGAAAUUAUUCAGACAGUUAUAUUGAUAGAAGUCACAAUCUAUCUGCAAUAUUAAAGCUGAUCUACCUGGCUAAAAUAAAAAUAACAAUACAAGAAUAACACAGCAUAUUAGCUAUGCAAUUGUAAUGUUAUACCCCUAAAAUAGGGAGAAAUAUGAGAAAUGAUUCACACUGACACAUAGCAUCAGUAACGAAACCAAAAAGUAUUACAUAUUUAAAACAGUAUUGUUUGCAUUUGGCCUGAAUGCCAAGCGUCAUGUAUGGAGGAAGCCUGGCCCAUAUCCCUAUGGUGAAGCAUGGUGACUGGGAAGAGAAGAAUGGGAGAAACUCCACAAAUACAGAUGUUCCAAGCUAGUAGCUUCAUACCCAAGACUUGAGGCUGUAAUCCCUGCCAAAGGUGCUUAAACAAAGUACUGAGUAAAGGGUCUGAAAACUUAUGUAAAUGUGAUAUUUCCAGUUUUUUUUAUUAUUAUACAUUUGCAAAAACCUCUUAACCUGUUUUUGCUUUAUCAUUAUGGGGUAUUGUGUGUAGAUUGAUGAAGGAAAACAACAACAAUUUAAUCAAUUUUAGAAUAAGUCUGUAACGUAACAAAAUAUGGUUAAAGUCAGGGGGCCUGAAUACUUUCCAAAUUAACUGUAUAGUUUGUCUGGAAGUGCGUAUUUACCAGUUGUGCACUUAUUCUCCAAGAGUCAGUUUUUGUUUGACACGGCAGGUGUAGCGGGAUGGUCAAGUUGACAAAAUUGCCUUUCAGCCAGCAUCUCACAAAUAGUGUUUUCGUCUUCGUGUGGCUAUCUGGCAGAAUAGAUGCUGUGUUUCAUUUUCCGUCUUUUCGCAGGUCAGAGUGCAGAUUGGACACUUAAAAGACACCACCAUCUAACCCUGCACCUUUACACUAUCCCCAAAACCCACCACCCCAUCCUACAGCUUUCUCCCUAAACGAUCGUACACCAGGACAUUAGCCUGGGAGGAUGGAACCCCUUUGAAAACCUCAUGAUGAUCUUCUGCUCUAAAAUCUGCUGCUGCAACUACUCGAUCUAUCUACAUCAGCGCAGCGCAGUUGAUCACCAUGGCUAUAAAACACAAGAAAUCCAACCUUACUGAUCCUCUCUGGAUCCCUCUCUUCAGGCCUACUCACUGGCGGGCUCCCAGUCGAGUCACUCACCCUCCUCUACUCUCUUCACUGCCACAACAUAGGACACUUUCUGCCCCACUGUAACUCUGGCCAUCUCAACCCGUCGCUCUUACACAGGGCACUUUGGAUCACCUGCUGCGUGGGCACCCCCACAGUUGUCACACGGUGCCUUCUUUAUCCCAACUGUACACUUCCUCUGACUAUGUCCUCCUAAACAUUUCUCACAUCGUGGGAACUCCCUUCUACAACAUGUGCGAAUUCUUGGCACCUAAAUCACUGUAGCGGGUUCGUAACAUAGGCCUUCACGGAAUAGCAACUAUAACUUAACCUCUGUGUCAAAGCUCAACAAGACAGACAAGGUAUUCUCAGUCUCGCCAUUUCAACCGGUUCUACGUCGCACCAAAUGACAGGUGUCGCAAACACCAGGAAUAUUAUUUUUCAUUUGAUCCACCUCUACAAUCAACGUUACCCCACUGAUCACUCCUUUUAGCGGCGCCCUGCUCCAGAGAGCAAAGCACUACACAGGUUGCGCCCUCUUCCUCUGGGCUGAGGAUGCACAAAAAAAAGAAAGAAAUUCCACUUCUCACAACUUUCACAGAUCUAACUGUUCCCAGUUUGUCCUUUACCCAGCUUGGCAGAACAGGCAAAAAGCAGGAAUCCACUUUUUCCAAAAAUCUCACUCCUAACCGGAUCAAAAUCAUCUCCGGCAGGAUUCACAGAGCAAACGCUGGAAGUCUCUACCACACCUGUCGCCGCAGGUAGGCCCACUUACUCCUGGUCUGGCUCAACUUCAGAGCGCCAACUGACUUCAUUUUGAGAUCCUAAAGGUUCUCAAGGGAGCAUGUAGGUUUGUAUUCAGGAAACAAAGUGUGUGCACAGGAAACAAAUGAUAUAUUCUGCACUUCUGCAUUGAGGAGUAGAGGGGUGUGCAGUGAGUUUGCACAAUGUCAGCAGAAUCUCUAGACUAGUUGCCUAUUGAGCCGACUGCGAGCUGGGGUAGUUUGUUUCACUUCAGGGAGGCAAAUCCAGGGUGAAACAUUAUUCCACUUGUUCCCAUAAACGCAAGCGCGAUUAGAACUCAGUCAGAUCAAGAAUAUAAGCAUUUUGCAUGAUUAACGCUGCAAUAUUUCCACUUUGACCCGUAAAAUCACUAGGAAAUCAGCUCAAAGUUAUUUUCAUUUUGGAAAUAUGUUCCUAAGUAUUCCCACGCAUAUAUAGAGAGACAUACACCUUCCUAAUAUUGAGUUGCACCCACUUCUGCCCUCAGAACAGCCUCAAUUCGUCGGGGCAAGGACUCUACAAGGUACCAAAAGUGUUCCACAGGGAUGCUGGCCAAAUGUGUCCCACAGUUGUGUCAAGUUGGCCCGAUGUCCUUUGGGGGAACAUUCUUGAUACACACGGGAAACUGUUGAGCUCGAAAAACCCUGGAGCGUUGCAGUUCUUGACACACUCAAACCGGUGCGCCUGGCACCUUACCACCAUACUCAGUUCAAAGGCACUUAGACAUUUUCUCUUACCCACUCACACUCUGAAUGGCACUCAGUCUAAGUCAUGGAACGAGCAGGGGUUCCUAAUGUUUUGUACACUGUGUAUGCGAUCAUAUCCCAAUGUAAUCAAGGUUUAAAAUUAUUUUAUUUUUGUCAAAUACUGUAUCUAUUUGGGCUACUUGAGGUCAAUUUGCAGAGUACAAAUGAAUUAUAAUUAUGUUUCGGGACCCCCGACCAUCCGCUCAUGAAGAAAUUCAGCCCAUGGCUUAAUGUAAUUGGGGACCCUUGCUAUAGUGCAUAGAGAGGAUGAGGAUAUGCUUUCCAAGCUCAGUCUGACUGUACUAGACCUUAAUGACCAUGGCCUGGUGAGGCCCAACUCAACACUGUCUUUCUAACCUAAUGUACUUCCAUCGACAGCUGGAAAUGAUGACCAGAAGCCAUCUGCACGGCUCUUUCCACCAAGCCCACUCAUGCGGUUUACUAUGAAUCACAUCGUUGUCUCCAUUAAUUACAAAAAUAUAUGCAUUUGUUUUUUCUCAGGACGUCACCACCCAAUUCAUUCACUUCAAGUGAGAGCCUCAAGGUCUGUUUAUGUCUACUGAUAAUGCGUUUGUUUUUACUGUGCCUCUUGAGGUGGGCUAGAAGGGAUGGAUUUUUCUCUGCUGUAAAUAGACAGAGUAUUGUUUUGAGGUGAUCAAACAGGUCCCCGUGUUUAAAUGGUUAUGCUUCCACAGAAUGUCUGAAGCUUGUUUUUGGUGGAUUUCAAUUUCUUCUAAUAGGAAUUUAUUUGAUGCACCAUUCAGGAAGUUCUGUUUAAGUAAUCAGAUAAUGUCUCCAUCAAGUGGUCAUAUGUGGUACUGUCUGAUGACUUGUGACCCAUCUGAAUUUCUAUGGGUAAAUACAGUAUGAGAACAAUGUUCAUACAUUUCCUCUCUGCACCUCUAAGUAGAUCUCAGAGCUAACCCCUGACCUAUAAGAGAUGGAUGGAUGGGACAAGCCUGUAGGGGCCAUAAUGUCCGAAGACAAUGGCAGCACCCCCACAUCACCUCUGGUUAACCAGUCCUGUGCGGACCGGAAGUGCUAUAUGGUUCUGCAUGAGGCGGAGAAGACAGCCAUCGGCUCCAUCUGUUUCCUGGCCGGACCCUUCACUUUCCUGGAGAAUGCGUUGGUCCUGGGUGUGAUCGCCACCACCGCCACCCUGCGCCAGCGUCCCUCCUACCUUUUCAUUGGCAGCCUGGCCCUGGCCGACGUCUUUGCCAGCUGCUUCUUCACCACCAGCUUCCUGGACUUCCACCUGUUCCACCGCCUUGACGGCCCCAACGCCUACCUCUUCAAGCUGGGCGGGGUGACGAUGGCUUUCACCGGCUCGGUGGGAAGUCUUCUGCUGACUGCUCUGGACCGCUAUCUGUGUAUACAUCAGGCGUCGAGUUAUAAAGUGGUGUUGACGCGCCGCAGGGCCCUGUUGGCUCUCCUUGCCCUGUGGAGCGCCACCAUCCUCAUCUCCUUCCUCCCUCUGAUGGGCUGGAGGUGCCCCACAGGGCUCAACCCGCCCUGCUCGCGCCUCUUCCCAUACAUCGACCACCGCUACCUGGCCUGCUGGGUCAGCUUCAUCCUGGUGCUGCUGUCACUCAUCCUGGGCGCCUACGCCCUGAUCCUGUGGAGGGCCAAUCGGCAUGAGGCAUCCAUGACGGGCCACCAGGGGGUGCCUACCCGUGGUCAGGCCCGCAUGCGGCUGGACAUUCGGUUGGCACGUACCCUGGGCCUGAUUCUGCUCAUCAUGGUGGGCUGUUGGCUGCCGACCCUCUCCUUCAUGCUGGCAGACGUCUCGGUGCAGCUCAUGCGCAUCCAGCAGAGGGCCUUUGCUUUCUGCAGCACCAUGUGCCUGGUCAACUCAGCCGUCAACCCACUGCUGUAUGCCCUGCGCUGCCGGGAGCUGAGGUUGGCACUGAUGCGGCUAUUGGGGGGCCUGAGUGACAGGCUGGGGUGCUGCCAGAGGCACGUAGGGGGAGACACGACCACUACCCUUCCCUUAGGCGAGAGCAACAGCUGUAGCGCUCACUCCGAGAGUGAGGCGCCCAGACUCGUUAGCUGCCGACCGAACACAGUCUCAGAAAUGGUUGGCAAGCAGCAGCUGGACAUGACUGGAAUAUGAGAAGGGUUGAGAGGCUUACCAUAUAUCAGGGUUAUAGCAGUGUUGUGAACUUGUGUUUCUUCUGUUGUGUUCAUAGCGAUAAGGAGGUAAUGUCUCUAAAAUGAACUGUGAUAACAGGGACUAAAACAAAGAUAUCGACCAUGUUACCAUAAAUUGUGCUGACCCACCUACAAGCCAAGUCAAUCAGAGAUAAUAUUAUUUUAUUAUUUGUCCAAGGUACAUGAUAGAUUUAUUAUUAUUUAUUUUUUUACAAUGUGAAAUAUCCCAAAUGAACACCUUUGGGAAAACAACAGCAUUGUUGGGGUUGGCAGUGUAAAUGUAGAUAGCUAUGUGUAUCCUAUGCUUGUUUUCGCUUGAGUGUCUGUCCUUCAGCGUCCAGAAGAGGAUCCUGACGGGUUCCCAUCUGCACAUAAAUACCUGUCCUGAAUAGAGGCCCUGUGGGUUGUAAACAAUGUCCACCACAUUGUGACUGCAAGCAGUGUUGAGAUCAGAGGUGUAGGAAAGGCGGAGCCUGGGUGAUUCCAAUCAGAAAAAAAAAGUCUACUCUGAUUUUGUAUUAUUUAUUUAAAAAAAUGUAUGCUUUUUUAUGCUCUUUACUUCUCAGUGUUCCAAAUGGAACAUAGUGUUUGCAUAUUUAGGUAAAAAGACAAAUCAGAAUUCAUAGCAAGCAGUACACUGGGUUAGUCAGAUUUGAUUAAAUAUAACGGAACAGAUGACAUGGAAUGACAUCACAUGUCAAAAAGAACUGAAAGCCACACCCCCAAUGAGCAACGAAUAUGACUGCAUUGAGGCAUAUGUCACUGUGCUUCUAUGGCUACAUGCACCAUGCCACUACCUAUUUCAUUUGUUCAUUUAGCAAACAAGACAGCUCAUAAUCCAGUGCCUUUAUCAGUCAACACACCUAUAUGUUAGCUUUAAAAAUCCUACAUUUUCUCUCAGCUUCAUGGCAAAAUGUGUAGAAUAGCAUGAGAUGAGCUAAAAUAACUGCACAUGUUCCUCUCUAUCCUAUGGCAAAAUGUGUAGAAUUGCAGGAAAUGUUCUUUAAAACAGCAACAUGCCAAAAUGUGUAGAAUAGCGUGAGAUUAGCUAUAAACUGCACAUUUGUCUCUGUUCCAUGGCAAAAUGUAUAAAAUAAAAUUGGGGGCCCAGACAAAUUUCUGCAGGCCCACCCAACAACAAAUUUCUGGCUAAGCCACUGGUCGAGAUAAGUGGGGCACAGGUCAGAAAGAUAGAGUCACACAACACAGAGACUAGAACACUUUUUUCUAUAGAACACCACAAAAGGCAACAGUUCACAAGUCAUUUCAGUAGAUCGAUCACAAAACAAUCAAACACAAAGGUAGAUGUUUUGUCUUGUAGAUAGUCGAAGUAAAAUAAAAUCUAAAUAACAUUUGAACGGUUUUUGCUUACCUACGGGUCCUUUUCCAACAAUGCAGUUUCUUUUUUUAUUUGGAUUUAUUUUAUUGAUACGAGAAAUAAAUACGCAGUGAAUAACAAUAACGAGUUA